CGAGAGAAUUCAUUAUUUGUUUAUAUAUAUAAAAAUAUUGACAGCGUCACUUGUCAGAGAUAUUUUUUAUAUACGGAGUUUAACAGUGUUAUUGUAAAUGUUAAGAACAACAAAACAAACAGUUGUUAAACAUACAAAUUUUUCGCAUCAUAACAAAAUAAAACUAUAAUUAAAACCGCAAAAGUGAAGCAAAUACUAAAUAAAAACAGUAUAAAAAUAAAAUGAAUUCAAGAAAAAGACCAGCUAGUACAGAAGAUGAUGAAAGUGAAGGCGCCAAAUGCAAUUCAACCUUAGAUUUGGGACAUUUGAAAAGACCUCUAAUAGAUGAACCACCAUUAGAACAGCCGGCCUGCAGUUCACAGCAAUAUUUUGUGGAGACUGCCUCAACUAUUCUAAAAUUGAAGAAACUCGACAAACAGGUUUUGAAAAUGAUUGCAAAGGGACAUCAUACAUUGAGCAUUGUCGAAGAGCCAGAAUUUAGGAAACUUGUAAAGAAUGUAUCGCGUUUUCGCGGCUAUAGACUACAGACAAGAAGAUCCUUAACCAAUGAAUUACUGCCAAAUGUUUGUAGAGAAAUUUUGGAAAAUGUUAAAUCUAAAAUACGCUCAUCUCUGGCUGUGUGUCUAACUACAGACAGUUGGACUUCGACAACUAAUGUCUGCUAUGUCACAGUCACCGCCCAUUAUAUCGAGAGUGAAAACACCGAACUAAAAUCAUAUUUAAUUGGAUGUUCUGAAAUUAAAGACGGUUUCUCGGAUGAUGGUUUAUAUAAUUUCUUCAAAAAUAUUAUGCUGGAAUUUGAUAUUUGGAAUAAAGUUUCAGCUAUAGUUAGUGAUGAUAAUGUGGUAAAUAUUGCUGCCGUAGUUAGACAGGGUCCAUGGAGUGAAAUCAGCUGUUUUGCUCAGGCUUUACAACGAAUACUACACACUUCCCUGGACGUAGUAAACGAUAUUAUUGAGAAAACUAAAAAAAUUGUAGAAUAUUUACAUAACUCUACUCCAGGCCUUGAAAUAAUAAAGGAAGUCGAACAACAAAUGGGUAUUACUAUAACACAACUUAAGCCUGAAGUGGAAAAACAUGGCUGUGACACUUACCAAAUGCUAGAGAGUAUUAUAAAUCUUAAGAAUAUAUUAUUGGCAAAAUUCGCUUUACAAUGUCCCCAUCUAUUGUUAUCGCCGGAAGAGUGGGAAUAUCUAACUGAAAUAAUACACAUUCUAAAACCUUUCUACGAAGUCAUACAAGAAAUUUGUGCAGAAAAUAAUGUGAUGUUAUCAAAAGCCUCCGUUCUCAGCAAUCUUUUACAGAGCUUCAUUGCAAAAUGCUUUUCCCGCCAUACCAAAGUAACGGCUGUGAUUACGAAAAUUAAAAAUGAAAUGAACGCCUAUGACUUUGGAGAUUAUGAAAAUAAUUAUUUAUAUGCCGAAAGCAUUUUGUUGGAUCCACGCUUCAAAAGAAAUGGUUUUCGCAGCAAUAGCGCCUAUGAGACAGCUGUGGAAAAAUUGCGCAACCGUAUAAACUCUAUAAGAUUAAAUAUUGACAACCAAAUAAGAACAUCAUCCGCCGAGCAAGGUAAUAGCAUUUGGCAUGAUUUCGAUCAAGAUGUUUACAAAAACUUCAGAGCCGAAGAUAAUGUGGCAGCCGCUAAGCUAGAAUUUGAUAAUUAUUUGGAAGAGGAAUAUUUAGAGCGUAAAAAUGAUCCACUCAUUUGGUGGAAUAAACGAAAAAACAUCUAUCCCCGUCUUUAUCAGUACGCUCUCAAGCGGCUGUGCAAUUUGGCGACAUCGGUACCUAGUGAGCAAAUAUUUUCCUCCACAGCUCAGACUAUAAGAGAUCGUCGUAUGCAUUUAGAACCCGAAGAAGUUUCGAGUUUAGUAUUUUUACAUCAUAAUAUGUAAAUUUUUAUUAUGAACUCCUAUUCUGCAAGGUUUUGCAAAUAUUUGCGAACACCCUCCUCUAAGCCGGGUGAAAUGAGAAUUUGUCAUUUAAUUCAAACAUUUUAUUUAUAACAUUCAUUUCACUUGGUUUAUUUAGUAGAAUUAUAUUGAUAAGAUUUAGCUUAAAUUGUCCUUUUUAAUUUAAUCUAAUAUAAUAAACGAAUAUCAAAGAAAUGUAAAUCGUGGCAUUCAGUUAAUUUGAAAAAAUCAUAAUAAUUAGAUCACUUACAGAUUCUUUGAAAAUAUACAUAUGAAAAAAAUAAAAACAAAAAAAUCAUAAAAGGUAAUUUUCAAAAAAAAAAAAAACUCCGUCCUUGAUAUGUAAAAUUUUA